AUGUCAGUUCACUGCCUUCUUGAAGGAGCACUGUCGUGCAGCUCAGCACGCAGUGCUGCUUGGCAGGGUGAAUGGCUUCUUGUUGGGACAGACUCUGGAAGUCUGAAGACCCUAAAAAUAUCGCCAGUGUCCCCUCUUCCAGGUCUAGCAACCACUGCAAACACCGAAUCCAUCCAAAGUGAAGAUGGUGAAGCAUGGCACACCCCGGGCCGUAGUGGACACCCGGGUCCCGUGCGCUGCGUGUCUGCAGAUGUCGUUUGUCGCUUACUAGCAACUGGGGACUCGGCCGGAAACAUCAUGAUUUGGGAAGAGGCGGAAGGACAAUGGCAGCAGCUCUCUUCGUUUAACUUUGGGGUUUCCGGAGCAUUAGCGGGUCAGCGGGUGUGGGCGCGUGAUGUGAAGAAGUCGUGUUCUUGCUUCUGUGUUUCUCCCAAUGGGAGUGGUUUCGUCCUAGCGUCGCACGAUGGGGAAGUGGCCUUCUAUGACUCUCGGGGUAUCUACCUACGGAAGUUGAGUUCGAAGGUUGAGCCUUAUGGGCAAGACGGCAUCACCGUUCUAGCCUGGCAGCCAGGGUCUUGGGCUGUUCGACCAAUUUUAGCUGCGUACGCAACUGGCAGCGGUAUGCUCUUGCAUCCAGAUGGGGACUGCCAGCCGCUUUCAUUUAAAACUGGCCUUUCUUCAUGCGUAGCUGCCGCGUGGAACACUUCAGGGAUGGUCGCGGCAUUGCUGGGCCUCCCUGCGUUUGCCGCGUCAUCUGCCGCUGCGCAUUUCCCGGGGAAGCAUGAGGGAGUGCUAACAGGGGCACAAGGGCAGAAUCCCGAUGCUGGGGCUCUCGUGGUGCUGUCACAGUGCCAGGAAGGCCCCCACCGCCUCCCUGACGAGAACAGCUCCCACGAGUCACCAAAUGCCGUAAAGAGACAGCAAGAAAUGGAGCAGGAAGGUUUCCCUGUCGAACUGUGCGAUACUUCAGGCAACACUGUGGAGACAGUCAUGUCUCCUCUUGAUCACGAUGACUUGAUUGCAGUACUGCGGCAGACGGGGUUAGUACUUGUCUACGCAGGGUGUCAAAACAGGACUCCCUCAUUCUUCGUGGGUGCUAACGCAUCUAAGGGACCUCCCCUUGGACCCUUGUACCUGAUUGAGUUUUGUAACCUCCGUGCAAGAGCCCUUUGCUUCCCCGCACUGAUGCAGCAAAGGAUUGAUGGGCCUAAACAGGAAAUUCUGAAGCAUUUUGAUGCAGAACCACUUGUUCAGAUGCGCAAUUUGCUUGGCAGCCGUCGAAAACAUUCAGAGGAUUCAGAAGGGCCUGCGGGUCUGCAGCAGGCUGCCGCGUUUGCAGCCAGAUUUAACCACCCCAUUCUGUGGAGACUACUUGCGGAGGCUGCAUUGGCGUCGGAAGAGCUGGGAAUCACCGAGGAGGCUCUUGUGCGGUGCGAGGACUACUGCAGCCUGCAGCUGCUCAGGCAGGCUCGCCUUCUGAACCCAAGGGGUGAAGGUAGACCUUUUAUAGCUGCAUUAUCUGGAGACAUAUUGGGGGCUGGAGCUUUCUUUGAGGCUCAGCAGAAACUAUCGCACGCAGCCCACUUAUUUGCUUCCUUUGGUUUGUGGGAUGUAGCGUCAGACGCCUUGAAACUGGCUGUCUCCUCAUCUAGGCGGGGCGAACAAAAUUGCUUGCGAAAGGUCAAAGUGGCCUUAGCGGACGCCUGGAAAGAACAAGGAAGCUGGAUAAAGGCGAUCGAUCUUUAUACUUCGUUGAAACCUCAGGAAGGACUUCUUGAGGCCUAUUUCCUCUCUGGGAGGUACGAAGAACUAGAGUGCCUCGCCAGCAAACUCCCUGAAGUAGGCACAAAGUUGACGCUGCGCGCAGCUCAGUUACUUGCAGCUGCAGGGAGGGGAGCGACAAGCGCAGACGCUUUUCUCAAAGCAGGAAGGCCGGAGCUUGCGGUCGAUGCUGCCCUGUACAGUGGGGAAUGGGCACAGGCUGUCUCCCUAGCUCGCCAGCACUGUGACAGCACCAAGCUGCAGGCGGUAACUUGCAUUUAUAGAAAUGCGAUGCAGCACCAACACAAAAAAUGCAUCGGUGGAGAUAUCGUGGAAGCAUUCCUUACUAUAGGCGCAUUUGAGGCUGCCGCUCACGAGCUUGCCAGCCUUCCAAAGCAACUGGGCCAUGCAUUGCGGAAUCCACAGAGGCAGCGAAAGAUGCACGUCACGGCUGCUUUGCUUUCUCGAAAGCAUCACUUUAGAGUUAGACUGAUAAACGAGAAUCGUUCAGGCACUCCCUGCCUGUGUUGUUCCUGCACUACCACCAGUGAUAUGCACGCCCUCCCAGGAGUGGCUUGCAGUUUUCCUGCCAACUCUCUCAGCCGAGAAGAAGCACGUCAUUGGAAGAGUGCUGCAGCAUCUCAUCUUUACCUUCUCUGCUGUUUUCACCUAUCUGAACAGCGGGCUCGUGCAGCUCUUUGCACGGCAAUGAGACUAUGGGAAUGUUACCAGCAGGAGAUUUCUCUGUAUGUCAGUGCACAGCUCCUGUUCAUCUCCGCCUACAAGUCAAAGGAGUGGGACCUGUGUUCGCAAGCUUUGCACGCGCUGCAGAUGGAUGUCCGAGUGUCACCAGGCUGCAAGCACCGCCUAGAGGCAACAUGCCUUGUGGUAUUCUCAAGACGGCAAAUGCUAGAAGCCGCAUGGGCAUGUCAGCUCCCUUGUGCCAACUGCAGUGCGCUCAGCUCCUACUGGGAGUGCUUCUGCCCAUCUUGUGACUUUUCAUUCCCUUGGUGUGCAGCAACGGGUCUCCCCGUUCGGUACGUCAGGUGGAUUCUGCAUCAGACUUCUGCAAAUGAAGGAGGAGAAAGCCGGCACAUAGCAUCACCAGUGCCUGCUGCUUCCUCCACCAGUUCACCCGAGGAAGGCAAGCACCCUGAAAUACCGGCGAAAUCCUUUGCCGCAGAAGAUGUAGGAUGGAGGUGGAUUAUCAACGGUAACCCCGAAGAUAUUCUUUUCCAAGCGGAUUGUCUCGGCGAACUCGCUUCAGGAUAA